AUGUCGUAUGCACCUAGUUACUCGAGUUACUAUCAGAUUUCUAUGCCAAGAGCGCUAUGGCCGUUGAAGAAACUGGACCAGAUGAAAAGGCACAUAACAGUUCUUUCCCUCCUUGCUUUUGUCUUUGUAUCCAGCGUCCAAGGCAAGGAGAGCAGAUGCGACGUAUUUCCAUUUCCUACUGACCAUUGUGCUCAAAAUAUAACAAUCACAAUCGACAAGAGACAUGUGGAAAUGAGAAAGUCACUCACUCUUCAUCUUGAAACGCCAGGGAUGAAAGAACCUGUUGUUAUGUUAAAUUAUGUUGGAGACUACACCUGUGAAACAUCUAAAGGUUACCUCUGCAGUAAGGUGACCAAAAGCAUCUUCUCCAUCAUCGCACCCUGUGUAGCGAGUGGUAGUUUCAGACUUUCCGUCGAUGGGGAGCAAGACAUUUCGUGUUUGCCCUCACAACAAAAUACGCAGCCAUUUGAAGUGGAUCAAGGUUGGCGAAGUUCAGAGGAUUCUAAAUUUCAGAAAGAUGGUAUACAAGCUUCUAAACAGAGUGAAGACAUGACUGGCGUCAUUGUUGGUGUCACCAUUGGAAUGUCUAUACUACUAAUUGGACUCAUUUCUGCUCUAACGUUCUUUUUGAUUAAACGAAGACGGAGGUCUAUUCGAGAAAGGAACCAUCCUGCUGACGUAGAAGACCCAUUUAUUGAUGGCAAGAGUACAGGAAUGGUAAACUUCCAUGAAAACAGUAAAGAUUCUCUAAGUAGCUCCAGUGAUGGAAGGAAUUCCGAUGGAUGAGCAACGAGUCACCAGACAGUCAUGCUGCAGGCGGAAACGUCUCUCAGCAUCACCCUGAUGACAAGGCCCAUGUUGAAGAUAUCUUUCUACUCACUAGGGCUGGGUGUCUGCUUUGAUAAUUGAUGUAAAUUACCGAUAUAGUGUUUCUGUGAUUUAGAUGGCACAAACUUUCAUCAGUAUUACCAUGCAAAUUACUUUGUAGUGAACAAGUAAUAAAUACACUGCUAUAAAAAGUUGGUUCUAUGCUCCCCUAGGGAUAAAAGGAAUAAUAAGAUAUAAAUCAGUUGUAAAGAAUGUAUCAAUCUUAGACUGGUUUAUAUCAUUUUAAACUCUUUUUCAUUGACGGAUAAAAUGACAAAUGUUAUUAGAACAUCUUAAAAUGAAUUCUAAUGAGAUUAUUUUUCAUUUGUACAUAAUUGUAUGAAUGUAUAUUUCAAUAAAGUAACUUAGGAAAACAAAUUUUAUUUGAGUUCAAGCACUUGCACUUACUGAUAAUUAUUUUCUUAAACACUAAGAGUUUUUCAUAUAAAAUUCUAGAUGUUAUUACUCUACAUUUGCUGUGAUGUAUUUUGCUAGCAUAUAUUUGUGUCUUAAAAUGUAUAGUGAGUUACUUUCCUAAUCACGAUACUAUUUAUUGUGCAUAGAUUUGGUCCUUCAGAAAUUUUAUUGAUUUUUAAUAGUGUAUCAAGACCACAAGUACUUAUCAGUUAUAUGUAUAUACAUAGUAAGUUUGUUAUAUGUUGUCUGACUUCUUUUCUUAAGUGAAUUGUAAAAUAAACUCACGAAUUAA